AGAAAAGCAUAAAAAGCCUCCCUUCCACCUCUAAAGGGACCUCCUGCCUGCCUGCAGCACCAGUGACCAGCCACGCUGGGGAGGCACCGGAGAGAAGCAGAUGCAGCCAGCUGGGGAGGAGAGGCCUUGGCCAUGCAGCAGCGGCGGGCAAACAGCAGAGGAGGUGGCCGCUGGGUUGUGGAGAGUUGCUUGGAGCAGGAGAAGGUGGCCUGUUUCACAUGGCCGCUGCAGAGGGACGCAGAGAGGAGGAGAGGACGUAGCAGUAAGAAAUCAUGGUGCCGUUUAAAGGAAGCAUCCUCCGUUCAUGACAAAUGACUGAUUUCAACAGAUCAGGGUUCCCCACUGAAGAGACACAUGCAGUAAGAGCCAGUGCUUCCCAUCAAAGAGCGACACCCCUUCAUGCCACACAAUAUCGCACAGCAGGAAAGAAAGAGCCGGCAGAGGGCAGGAAAUGCAGAGAAUCAGCUGCCUCCUCACGGGAUUUGUCUUAAUCCUUGGUGUGACCAGCGCUGAGCGUUUUGCCCGGUCAGGCCGCAGGGUGUGCUCUGCAGAGAUGCAGAACAGAGCCGCGUCGUAUGUGGAGUCCCACGUGCAGCCUGUCUACCAGCCCUACCUCACAACGUGCCAGGGACACCGGCUCUGCAGUACGUACAGAACCACAUACAAGGUUGCCUAUCGCCUGGCCUACAGGAGAUUUUCCCAGCCCAUCUAUAUGUGCUGCCCUGGAUGGAGACGGGCAAACGGCCACGCAGUCGGAUGCAGCAAAGCCAUUUGCAGGUUGCCUUGUCAAAACGGCGGGAGCUGUUCAGCCCCAGACAGAUGCACCUGCCCCCCAGGAUGGAUGGGGAAAUCCUGCCAGACAGACGUGGAUGAAUGCGCUGGCCCGAGCCACGGCUGCAGCCAGCAUUGUGCCAACACGCCUGGGAGCUACGGCUGUGCCUGUCGGGCUGGGCAAAGGCUCUCUGCCGAUGGGAAGUCAUGCCAGGCUUCGGACCCACCCACUGAGACGGAGGCCUCCCCUGCCCUCAACCGCUCAGGCGCCUCCAGUGAAAUGAAGGAAGAAAUGCAAGGCCUCCGGAGCCGGGUGGAAGUGCUGGAGCAGAAACUCCAAUUAUUGUUGGCUCCAUUCCAUAACCUCAUGCCAUCGGCAGCAGAUGACGUCAGCACAGACCCCAUCAGCCAGCUGUUCUACUCCCUGCGGCAGCUGGAUAGAAUCGAGUCCCUGAGUGAGCAGAUCUCCUUCCUGGAGGAGCGACUGGAGACAUGUUCAUGUAAGAAUGAACGCUAAUAACGAGAGGAGCAGCACUUCACGGUGGGAGCAGAGUGAAUUGGUAACCCUGGAUUUCCUAUCUCAGCACCCCUUGACCCAGCCUGCCGAAAGAGGCCACGAUGCCUUCCGCACGACGUGGGAUGGAGCCAUAAAGAGCUUAUUUUGA